AUGGCGCCGGACUCGGAGUCGGACGCCGAUAGUGUGUCGCAACGUUCUCAACUAUCCAACCAUGAUGAUCAUCUUGAUCGCCAGCUACUUCGCCAUUUGAUGCAACGCUAUGGUCGCGAAGGCAUUGCACAAUUGAUGGAAGAGGAGGCUUUCUCGCCUGCCACCUCGAUCAACGAUCGAUCAUCCGUCAUUUCCUCAAGCACUUACUCCUCCGUCAAGUCUGAAGAGACUCCUAGUGUUUUUGACUCAGCAAGCAUACGAACCUACUCGUCCGACAACUCAUCCCUUCGGGGCAGUAUCAUCUCAAAUGUGGCAGGCCGCACCGCCAAGCUACUUGGUCGCAAACCACCAGCUGCUCGUCCAUCUAUUACACACGACGAGGAAACUUCACCGGCUUCGAUUGAGUCAACAACGCCAGCACCCAAGCAAAAAGGUUCCUUCACAUGUGGUUUCUGUCGAGAAGAAGACAUCCAAAAGACAUGUACGCGCAAAAACGAUUUGAAGAGGCAUAUCGAGGACUUUCACAACACCAAUUCUCAAUGGUUCUGUCGGCAAAAGGGAUGCGACAAGGUUUUUGAUUGGCAAACAGCUUACAAAACCCAUCUCAAACAAGCACACGGCGGCUCCCGUAUGUCUCUCGACGAGGCAAAGGUGAAUUUGUGUCCUCAAACUGUUUUUGCAUGUGGUUUCGAGAAUUGCGCCAAAGUUUUGGAAGCACCUACCGAUGACGAUGCCGACACAAUAUUCAAGGAGUUUGUGGCCCACGUGGUGAAACACUUCGACGAGGGUUCCAACAGUGGAGAAUGGAGUUAUUCCGGACGAAUGCGAAACCUACUUCGACAGUCAGGCCUUGUGCAAGCCUGGGAAAGUUCCUUGUGGGAUGAAAAAGGGCGAAGUCUUUUGCAAUGGCACCCUCAAUCCAGUGGCAUUUUGCGAAAGCGCCUUGAGACUAGGCAUCUCAAUGACACGCAACUUCUCAUCCAAUAUGCAAUUGCGCUUGGCUCUGAACCCUCGUCGAUAAAAGAGUAUCGUGUAGACUUCGUCAACCCUAUCAAAGACCAGUGCCGUCAUGUCGUUCCGGGACACAAGUCCCGGGCGCCUCCUUUGCCGCCUUCGGGUCCUCCUCCAAGUGUGGAUCAGUACCAGUUUCGCAUAUCCCGAGGAAACACGAACCAUCCUCCUAAUAUGGCAGCAUACAUGGCUACACAACGCCGCGCUUAUACUGCCAGGCCCGGACCUGUUCGUGCUGGUCGCUCUGCUCGACCUCCGCGGCAGGCUAUACCGGUUACUUCGGCAGCUCCAGGGCCGAUGCCACACCAUUUCCAAUAUCCCAAUAUGGCCUCACCUACCAUGUUCGAUCCGCGACAACAGCAGCAGCAGCAGUUUGCCAUGAUGCAGCAGGCAAACGGAGGUAUCAUUGCCGAGGACUUGCGGAAUUUCCGAUCCAUGGCUAACAGUAUUCCGGAGCAAGACGUCGACAUGGGUGACGCAGAUAUGAUGGGCUCUUCUUUCCUACAGGAGCCCAGCUUCUCGAGCCCUUACGGACCCCAGGGUAUCACAAGCUCUGCGGCUGAUGGGUCAUGUCUUGCGCCUACAGAUGCCAUGGACACGCAUUUGGCUUUUGGAUUUGACGCAGCAUAUACCAACUAG